CGGACGAUCUGCGUUGUGUCGCGACUCGCGACUCGCGCCGCGCCGCUGUGUUGAUAAAAUUUGUGUAGCAGUGAACGAAAAGGACGUAUGUAUAUGUACGUCUCGUCUUUCAGUUGACUUUCAUCGUCGUUUUGCAGCGAACGUUUCGCACGGAUAUCGAUAGGAAAUUGCACGAUCGCUACGUAAUAAAGUUAACGCAUGUUUUUGUCGGCAGACAUCACCUUCAUGAGACGUAAUAAGAUUUGCAAUAAGUUAUUCGGAACGUUUUAUAUCUCUCGGUCUUUGUGUUGAAUCCAGAAACCUGUACAGUAAAAAAUAGCGUCGCGGUGAGUGUGGCGCAAUGCAGUGUGUGUUUUGUUGGGAAUACAACCAGUGUGAUUCGGAUUUGAAUAAGGGAGACUUUGGUCUCAAAAAUAGUGGCGGUGAGCAACCCUGGAAUGUGCUGUAGACAUGCUGCCCAUGGUACAGCCGGAACCGGUGAUCCUCAACUGUGGAGGUCACUCCGUCGACGGGGCCGCCACUCCGACCGACACGUUGCCUCCGUCGCUCACUCCAGAUUCCGAAGUAGACGAAUUUGUAGACAUCUUCUUUGAUGUCGAUAUUGGUGUUCACGCCUUUUCAAGAAUUGAAUCCUGUGACCUCCAACUGGGAGACACAUGGAGGGGGAUGCAAGGCAAGAUGAGCGUGACAGCGCCGGUUAAGAAGAUAAGAAAAAAGUCAGACAAUAAGCCACAAUCUCAAAUAAACAAGUGCCACAACGAGAAAAAAAGGCGGGAGCUCGAGAACGAGACUAUAAACCAGCUUGAGGAGCUUCUGGGAACCUGUCUCGCUGAGGUGAAGCAGCCGGACAAGAACGGCAUCGUCCGGGAGGCGACGCGCCAGAUCCAGGAGGUUCUGAAGAGGCGGCGCGAGUGCCCCGGGGAGUGCCCGCUGCGCGCGGCCCAGUGCCUCUCGCCCGUGCAGGCCGGCGAGGUCAGCUCCACGCAGCCGCAGCCGCUCGGCGACGGACACCACUACUCCGAGCUCACCACGCUCAUCGAGGCCCUCAAACACUACACGAAUAGUCUCGGUUGGGUCUUAUUAGAAAUCAACUGUAAAGGGGAAAUCGAAUGUAUAACGGAAAAUAUCAAAGAAUUUACUCUGCAGGACAGAACUGAAUUGUAUAGGAAAUCAAUUUUCUCCUGUUUGCAUGUCAACGACCAUGCAAAGUUAAGACCGCUCUUGAGCAACGUCCAGACGUUCUCCUGGAGCGCGGCCGAGGUCGACAGAUUCCAAGCCAUUCAGGCCCGGCUGCUUGUUAAGAACUCUAAUGGGACUGACGGAGCUGGAUACGUGGAGUGCGUGAUCCACGCUGCGCCCGUGCGCGGCUCGUCGUCGGAGGAGGCCGGCUCCGUCAUGUGCGUCAUCCGGCGCUGCGAGGACGCGUCGGCCGCACUGCUCCCCGUCGACGGCGGCCCGCCCGCCAUCGCCGCCAAGCCCUCCGACAACAUCGUCUUCAGGCUGGACAGCAACUUCACUGUGCUAUCCUGUGAUUUGAGUGCCGUGGAAAACUGUGUAAACUCUCCCGUGUCUCUCGUGGGUACUCCCUACUUGGAACUGAUCGAAACUAGUGAUCGUAAUCGUGUGAUUUCUCACCUGCGAGAAGCUCUGUGCUACCCCGCGCCGCCCGCCAUCAGCGACCCCUUCCGGCUGCGCAUCGCGCCCGGCCGCGCCUGGAUCAAGGUCAGCGCGCGCUCGCGGCUGUUUCGGGCCAAGCCCACCUCCGGGGACCCCGACUUCAUAAUGUCCACGCACACCGUGCUCGGCGACGAAGAACUCGACCUCCUCGAAUCCGAGACCCCCCGGCCGACCGUCGGCGGCCCGCUCAUGUCCUCGGUCGCCAACGGCGAGUCGUCCGCCUGCGAGCGCUUCCGCUCCCCGAUGAGCCCCGCCGAGCCGCCCUUCUCGAUCAACGACUUCGACCUCGAGCCGUGGGCGUCCACGUUCCAGCUCACCGACAUGUCCAGCGACGACUCCAAGGACCGCAAGGACACCGCGUCCGAGGGCCCGUCGACGCCGCUCACGCCGCGCGCGCCCUCCACGCCCGGCGAGCCGCCCGCCGAGGAGCCGAACCGGCUGCGCUCGCUGCUCAGCAAGAAGCCGAUGGCGGCCGACGGCAUGAACUCGAACAACCGCAUCCUGAAGGACCUGCUGAAGCAGGAGGACGAGGAGGCGACGGGCAGCGAGACGUCGGCGCCGCACACGCCGCUGACGCCGCUCACGCCGGCCGCGGCGCUGUCGCCGCUGCACCAGGCGCCGCGCGCGCCGCCGCACCCGCCGCACCCGCCUCACCCGCCGCACCCGCCGCACCCGCCACAAACGUCGCAUCAGCCGCAUACUUCGCACGCCGGCCCGACUCAUGCGACGCAUAAUCUUCAACAGACUCACAACUCGGACGUCCUAUUGAGGAUACUGAAUGAUAAGUCUGACGAGGACGCUGAAGAAAGAAGGAAUUCGGGGGACGGGGGUCGUAGCACGUCACAACCGAGCGCCCUUCUGUCGCAGUUGCUGUCGAGCAGCAACGGGCCCUCGGGCAACGGCCGCGCGCCCGAGGGCACCGACCACUACCUCGAGAAGAUCGCCGGCGUCAAGCGCAAGCUGGAGGAGGCCAAGGCCAACGCCAGCAACGCCAAGCGCGCCUCGCUCGACACGCAGCAGCAGGUUACCUCGAGCGCUGUCUCUGCCGCCUCUUCCACGCCAUCAUCGACGGCGUCCAGCCAAGCCUCUAGCAUGAGCCCUUUAUGUCAGAAGAAUCAGAUCCUGGUGUCACUGCUGGCGCGGCAGCAGACGACGCCGACGACGCCGCCGCCGCUGCCAAAUCCGAACCUGCGCGCGUACGGCGCCGGCGUGCGGCCGCGGCCGCCGCACCUGGCGCACCACGCGCCGCACCCGCCGCACCACGCGCCGCACCACGCGCCGCACCCGCCGCCGCACCAGCCGCCGCACCAGCAGCACCCGCCACCGCAUCCGCAGCACCAGGCGCCGCCGCAGCGACACCUCUCCACGCUCUCCACUAUACUCACGGCGAAUGCCAGUCGAGCCAGCAGCGUGAACGGUGGCCCAGGGCCAGGCACAGGGCAGGUGUCCACGGCGUCAUCGGUGGAGUGCUCGACAGCGAGCCUGCACACGCAUAGCCAUGCUACACAGAGUCACCUGCAAAUGGUGCUGCAAAGCGGCGGCAUGCGGCCGACCUACGCGCCGCCGCCUGCGCCCGCGCCGCUGCACUACGCCACGCCCGCGCCGCACCAUAGCUACAAUAAUACGCCGCAAAGCAGUAGUUCGCGUACUCAAGUCGGGUCUGGCGACAGUGAAGUGCCCAGCGAUCAGACUCUGUCGGACCUCCUGGAUGAGGUCAUAGACAACAUGCCUGAUGCAGAUCGCUCGGCUCCUGAGGGUGUAAAGGAGAAUGCAAUGACAAUGAUAAUGGCCAUAAGGCAAAGUUUAAUGCAGUGCGAGAACGCCAGCAAGAGCCCUGUGUCGAGUCCCGGGACCCCGCCUGUGUAUCCUGUACAAAGCCCGGGAGCGUGCAACAUGGGCGGGGGAGGGGGAGGCGGCGGGGCCGGCGGCGCGCCCAUGUUCGGCGGCGCCGACGUGGCGCGCGCGCGGGCCGCCGCCGAGCAGCAGCAGCAGCGCGCGCGGUUGCUGCAGAUGCAGCGGCAGCAGCAGAUGCUUGUGUCGCCAGAGGCUGCCGAGCAACCUCAACAGGACUUAGGCUCUACAAUUAGCGCCCUAGUCACCGCCACACCGCCUAACGUCGCGCUUACGCGUACGGAUUAUUCUCAUUUAUAUCACCCAUCAAAUCAAAUGGGUUCAAAUUAUGGUACAAACAAAAUUACCUCGUCCCAACAAAACCCGAUGCUGAGUCGACAACUAAGUGGCUCAGGGUCGGGCGGGUACGCGCACGGCGUGGCGCUGGCGGGCGGCGUGCACACGCCCAUGACGCCGCAGUACCACCGCGCGCCGCGCCCGCAGCUAGUGGGCGGCUACUACGAGGACGGCGGCGCCGGCUACUGCGGCGAGUACGCGCGGCGCUCGCACCACCCGCCCCACCACCCGCCGCACGACUCGCAGAUGCCAUGCGCCGGCAACGGAGGCGGCGUGGUGAGCGGCGCGGGAGCGGGCGCGGGCGCGGGGGCGGGCGCGAACGCGGGCGCGGCGGGCGGCACGUCGGAGUACGUGCGCAACGAGCUGCGCGCCGUCGUGGGCGCGCGCUCCGCCCGCCCCGACCUGCAGCCGCAGAUGCAGUCGCCCGACCUCGACCCCCUCAUGACCUUCGACAUGCCCGCCUCUGGUGGCGGCAGUUCGGUGGGGGCGCGGGCCACCGCGACGUCGGCAAACACGUGGGAGUCGCAACAGAGCACCCCGGUAAGCUCGGAUCGACCAGCGGGUCCAACCAUUUAGUCACUCCACUUACUUUUGUAUCGGUUUCAUUAUUUUUUGUAGACAACCUAUAAUUAUUACGUAUUGAGUCUGCUCUGCUGCGUGUGUUGUCGAGUCGAUCAUCUUGAUACUUAGUGCUGACUUAGAGAAGUGCGCCAAAGUUUACUCAUCAUUUAUAUCUUUGCCAUUUUAUGUGCCUACGUUCAAAGUUCAAGUUGAACUAAUUUUCAAAUAACAAGUAUGGAGUUGAGUUGGUGCAUUUCAAAAAUUAUAUGAAGCUUUUGUGAUGUGAUGUGUAAUAAUAUUUCUUGAACUAGUGGUCUAUUUUAUUAUCUAAGUACUCUAUUUUCAAACCUUUUUAGAGGUAUCAAUAAUAAGUAUAUGAUACAAUCACUAUGCUUUUAGGAUUUUAACUAUAAGAAACGUUACUCGAAUUUUGGGAAACUCGCAUGUGCUGACGAUAAACUGGUGAAGGUUUUGUGAUGUUGUAGUGUUAAUACAAUACAACACAACAGUAUUAUGUUUUCGCCAUAGUUAGUAUGCUUAUUACUGCUUUUGAAGUGUUGUAUUAGCGGGAAGUUAUUUCAUCAUUGAGUUCUGUAGAUAUUCAACAAUUGAUUGCAUGAUAUUACUUAAACCUUCCGAGUUUGUCGGACAAUCAAAUAUUUCCGCAGUUUACGCAACAGGUCGCUAAAUAAAAUUAACGUUAAACAUACAUACCUACUUGAAAAUGCGCUGAUUUGUUCAUGCAUGCAUGUCAAAAUGUAUAGAGCCUUGAUAAGAACUGCCAGUCGGCUAUUAGCCAUCCGCUUUAGGAAGCGGCACUGAGUAGAGAAGCCUGCGCUCUCAAUUGCUGCAGGACAUUAAUCCUGUUUCAAUUUUUGAUUACGUUACCUAAAUAUGUUUAGUGAUUUAAUUAUAUUUAGCGAUUUCGUGAAAUGACGCCCUCAAUUUAACAUUCAAAAUGUGGCGAGACUGACUUAAUUAUAUCCAUAGUAAGAAUCAAAAGAUAAAUAGGUUUAUCGAAAUAUAAAAAAGCUAUACAUUCUUACCCCAAAUUAGUUAGUCUCGUUACAUGCAUAUUACACUAGAAAAAAACACCCACAGCCAAACAUUAUUCUUUCAUUCGCUUUGGGUGCUGUCCAGUAAAGUUCAAGGUAUAUUUUUUGGUAAUUUAAAAUAUCGCUUUCAAAAAAAGUGUCGACGUCCCAGUAGCAAGGGGACACGAUCACUGCAAAAGGGUGAUCCAAAAUCAUAAUUUUUACAUCGUGGUCAAUUAAUAAUUUUCUAUGCUAAUCAUUAGUGCAUUUAUGUUUCGGUAAAGGCACACAGCUCAGUGAAGGUUUAUGUGCGCAGAGUACUACGGAGGCGGGCUCGGCGGAGGCGGGGGC